CCAGCCAGCGUAGGGAUGUCUUCGGAGGGGAUGAAGGAGUUUGUGAUGUUCAACGUGUCCGGGGCCAUCGGAACAGCCCUGUUCUAUGCCCUCUACACAGCGCUGGUGUGGGCGUACCCGGUCGAGUGGCCGUACCCGGCGACAGCGGCAUGGGUCGGCUCGUACACGCCGUCCAUCGCCUGGCAGCACGUCCUGCAUCAACUCUUUGUCUUUGGCACACCCGAGGGCGGAUCGGUUCUCUCUGGUCUGGGCAAGACCUACGUGGUGUACUCGGCCUCGCUGGUGGGAUCUACCGCCAUCAACUGGCUCGCCGUGGAGAAGCUCAGCGUCGCCGCCAACGCCGCCUUUGUCCUCGGCCUGGUCAUCACGGGCGCCAUCAACUUUGUGGCUUCCAAGUACUGGGCCUUUGCCGACGAUGGCUCCGGUGGUGAUGAUAAGGACGACUAA